AUGGCGAUGUUGAUUGCGCCCAGCAAAGAGGCAAUAUUUAGAGUUACGGAAGUAUUGUUUCAACAAAUUUUGGUCCUCUUUUUCCUGUUAAUAAUAUGGGAAUUGUUCAAAUCCAACGCUUAUCCGGCUAGUUCCAAAGACACAUGGCACAUUAUUUUAAAUGUUUUAGGCGUUGCCUUGUGCAUGGCAGAAGGAGUUCAAAUUUAUCGUAAACAAAGCAUAGUAACAAUCGGAGAUACGAGGGAUGAAAAAAGAAUCGCUCAUCUUGUAGUAAUGCUGUUUAGUUUCGUCUGCAUUACCACCGGAAUAUCGCUGAAAAUUAGCACCAAAACCGAGCACUUCAAGAGCAUUCACUCGCAAUUAGGUUUGUCGAGCUGGGUGAUAUCCUUCGUAGCUUUGAUCGGGGGAAUCACUGCGUAUUAUUCGAGAAGCAUGCCGAGAGUAAGCCCGAUGAUUGUGAAAGUUCUGCAUAUUUUCAUCGGUAUAACAGCGUACAUUAUCGGAGUUGCUACUUUAGUUUAUGGAUUGGAAUACUUGAUGGGGGCGCACUCGAGGGGCUGGGUAGCUCUAACCGUCCUUUUACUCGUUUAUGUCGCAUACAGUUUACUUGAACCUUGUAAAUCAUUAUUUAAUCUUAUAAUGGGACGGUAG